AUGCUUAUACGCAUCCAGCAUGAAAUGGCCAACUCUUCUCAGGUCUACUCGGUUGAGCCUACGGAGCCCGUGGAAGCGCUAAAGUCACUCAUUGAAGAUACCGAAGGGAUACCUGCUGAACAGCAAACGUUAACCUCCGACGGCAGCCCGCUGUUGACACUCCAGUCACUAUCCGAAGAGGACACCGUCGUACUGUCCUUUUUGCCGAACAUAACCUUGCGCUUGGACGAUGGCACACGUAGGAAGUUCCCCAUACGUUUGGAGUGUCCUGUCGACGAAUUGUUGGAUCGCAUAUGUCUGGCCGAAGGAAACUUAUGGUUGUCUAGGCCCGACUUGCACUUGGUCCUUGGUCAGCGCCUCCUGCUUGGAGAGACAUCGCUUUCGUCAAACGGUGUCGGCCAAGGAUCUGAGCUGGUACUUAGUGCAAGCGACGCACUACAGGAAGCACAGCUGGAAACAGAUAUUAGCAACACGACUGAUGCCGUUGACGGUCGGGAAGAGGGCCCACCUCGCAAGAAGAUCAAGAGGCGAACUCCCGCAGCAGUCGUCAGGGCGUAUUUUGACUGGGACGGUGACAUGAAGCACCCAAUGGUGCAAGGUCUGCCUUUACGCCAAGGGUCCUUCAUCUCGGUAUUUGAUAUGACUACGCCCGAUUGGUGCUUUGGGCAAUGCGGAGACGACGAAGGCCACUUCCCUCGGCAGUACGUUAAGCUUAUGGACAUUUUCACACCCGGGUUCGAAUGUCGGAUGGGUACCGACGAUCCCAUACUGAAAGGCGUCUCUCUUUCCCAGUCAAAAUCCUCACGGCGCAUCUCCCCAUUCACAAGCUUCCUGAUGUUUGGCUUUAUUCCCCCUUCACAGUAUGGACUGGACCAACCGCCUGCAUCGCCUCCAAGGCCUCCCCUCCCUCCAUUCUCUUAUCCGAGGGAACCGCCUAUUGUAUUUCCCGUAAGGCUGGGAGACAAAGGGAGGAGCUUCGCAAAAAUACAAGUGACAUUCCCAUAUCACAAUAUCGCACCGGACAGUCGUGUCCCCGUAAAUCUUCGUGUUGAAUGCUGCCCUAUUCCUCCACGACGCAUUACAUCCAUCAUGCUUGUAGUCGCAUUCCCAGGAAACGAUAUCGGUGACAUCAACCCUACUCUUGUACUCGGGCCACAGAUGCAAACAAACGAAUCCGAAUCCUGGCAUAAGCAGAUCAUCGCCGUCAAAACAGACGACUCGGCCGAUGCAGCUAAUUUCGGUAUGAAAUUGGUUCAUGAUUGGGAAGAGAAACUCGUAGCAAUGCGAACAACAAGGAUGGUCGUUCAAGGUACUAGUGUUGGCGGAGACACGGCACUUUGGAUGCUCACGGAAGACACUGGGAAGGGGUUACCUACCGAGACGACCAUGUCCCUUUCAUUGCGUCACAGACCAGCGCGAAUGGAAUACUCCUGUAUUGUGACACAUAUCCUUCAGGAAAAGACACAGAGAGAUCGCGUUGACGGAGAUCAGAUACUGUACGCUACAUAG